AUGACACUGACCUAUAUUAGACAACGUCAGAAACAAGCCUGUUCUGAGGAUGGUGCAUCCGGGUCUUCAACUUCAUCUGCAUUUUUAGUAGGGUCUAGCGUGGACGAUGACGUAUUCACGCAAGUGUCUGGUGAAGUUGUUGUUGGCCCGGACCAGGUGGCAGAUGCCCAAUUCGAGGCGCUGACUCACAACGCCACCAAAGUCGAUGCUCAAGGCAUAUAUCCAGGCACAGCCUGCAUGUUUGUGGCAAACUUAUCACAGCCAUAUGAUGAUGAGAAAUUGGAAUUAGAGGUUACCAAGGCAUUUAGUCAGUUUGGAGAAGUUUGGGUCAAGAUUAAACGAGACGGGAAUCAAAUGCCGUUUGCGUUCUGCCAAUUUACUAAAGACGAUCAUGCGAGGAAUGCAGAGAAGUUUGGUAAAGGCAUGGCCAUUCUCGGGCGACCAUGUCGUACAGAGAUGGCUAGAGCUCAUUCCUCUGACCUGCUUGGGCAGUUGGGCGAGGUGGCGAAAGCCGAGUAUCUCCCCGACGCCAUGCAGAAGUCGCUGAAUAUUCCGCCAGCGGUUCUGGUGACCUACAAAAUGUAUGACAACAGACGAGAACCUGUGAAAUACUUUGCUCAAAAUCCGAAUUUUCGGGUGAUUGCCAAUGAUCCGAAGCGAGGUUCUGAUCUUACUACAACCCCCCCUGCCGGGCCCAAAUGGGACGGUGCCCGCGUUAUGGAGCAAUAUGAUAAAGACCGUCGCUCCGCUUUCAUCGGAAACUUGCCUCUGUCUAUGACCGAGGAACUUCUUCGUACCAUGACGAGCUCCUGCGGAGAAGUCGUUCAUGUCCAACUAUAUAAAAAGCUUAUACCGGGUGCAAAUGGUCAAAAGCACUGUUUCGGGUUCGUGGAGUUUACGAGGCCAGAUGCGCCAGAUGACUUGGUGACAGCUAUGAACGCUUCUACUAUUGAUGGCUAUUGUAUUCGCGUGGAAAGGAAGCAAUCUCGAACUUUCUCAACACCACAGCGUGUACCUGGCCAGCUGCGCCAUGUGCGAUCCACGAUACCAAGACGUCGUCCUUCUGCUUUUUUUGAAACUGAGCAGACCGACGAGUUCGAAGCAACCUCGCCUACGGGCCAUCUCGGGGCUGCUUCACAUUCUAUGACAUGCAAUCUGCGAAGCCAAACAGACAUAUCCAGUGCCCCUCAAGAAUCGCAACCAGAUUCACUUGGCGCUGACGGCAUCUCAACUGAUGAGCAUGAUGCCCCGAGCAAAAAGGUUGUGGAGUUUCAGAUGUCCAACGACAAGCCGUCCAGUCCUACUGUUACAAUUGAAGCAGCUAGGGUCCUGGGACAGUCAACUACGAGCCCCAAAACCCCAAAUCGCACGGCGCUCGCAGAUGUUCAGGGAAAAAACCCUUCCACUGUGGCAUUAGAGGGAGCUCAUGUCUCUAUGCCGUCUCCCAUGGCGUGGAUGCCGGCUUACGCACCAUACGGAUAUCCAUAUGUAGGCGCACCUAUGACCCCUCAAGCCGCGCCAGGAAUGGUAUACGGUGGCUACAUGGGGCCUCAUUAUUAUGGCACCAUGUACGAUAUGUUUGGCAAUUUAAUCGUCUCUCCCACCCCCAUGCUGAGCCCAUAUCCUCCCUCUCAAGCUCUAGAUGAGGAGAUUGAUGGCCCCGAAGGCCGCAAAGGCAGCCAUUGA